UGCAGCGGCCGCCUGCUCUCGUCUGGAUUCCAGGCGAGGCGCAGCUCGAAGAACUAUUGAUGAGGGGAGGCUGCACACAGCUGUGAUUGAGACCGGACGUCUCUGCAGCCUUUCACCGUGACACACCGGGAGCGUGAACGAUACACGUCUUCGGUGACGUCACGUGUUUUAAAGCCAUACACACAGCGCACUGUCACGCUCGCGCCUCCCGACGUGAAGCUCCGACCGCGGCGUCAUUGUGUGUUGUGCCCCGGAGCCAUUCAAACGUUUCCCUCCGCCGAAACAUUUCACCGGACAGAUCCGCUACAGAUACCCGUCGGCGACAAACAUGGCCACCACCGAGGGAGGUCAACUUUGGGGGGGUCGCUUCCUGGGAGACACUGAUCCCAUGAUGGAGAAGUUCAACGCAUCCAUCGCGUAUGACCAGAGGAUGUGGAAUGCUGACAUCCGGGGGAGCAAGGCGUAUGUGAAGGCUCUGGAGAAGGCGAAGCUGGUCACCACGGAGGAGAUGAACCAGAUUGUUGGAUCAGAUUGCCACCUGACGCCUAAAAAAACCUAAAACCUACACCAACCG